GGGGGGAAAGAAUGAAUGAUUGAAUGAGAGGGAGGAAGAAAGGAAAGGAGCAGAGAGGGGCCGCUUCUAGUGGUACAGUCUCUACCACCCCUCAGACCAUGAGUUGCAAAGGUUGGCUUUGGGUAGCCAGGCUGCUCUUAUCUCCACUUUCAUAGAUAAUGGGGUGGUCACAUAAAGCUCUUUGACAGCCUCAUCUGUUCAUUUUUAGAGAGCAUGAACAGCAAAUCCAGGUUGUGUGGCAGCUGGUUAGAUGGUUCAGCAGCUAAGUGCACUUGCUGUUCCUGCAGAGGACCUGGGUUCAGUUCCCAACACCUACAGGACAGCUCCCAACCAUCAGUAACUCUAGUUCCAGGGAAUCUAAUGCCCUUUUCUGAACUUUGCAAUCACCAAGCACAUAGUACAGAUAUAUACAUGCAAGUGAAACACUCAUAUAUAUAAAAUAAAUAUACCAAAAAUAAAAAUGUUUUAAAACAAUGAGGGACAUUUCUUCAUUCAAUGACCUCUUUGGAGAAAAAAAAAUCUUGGAACAAAUUCCAGGUUGGCUUGUAAUUGUUAUCAGUUUCAGAAUUCCCCCACUAUUUAUUUUAUAGCUUUCUAGAUGAAAUUUAAUUACAUCUGGCAUCUUCCCUACAUCUACCACUAGUGACAACAGCUUUUGAAAACAAAAAUGCUUAGUGAAAUGCUCUAUGAGAACAGUUACUUUUGUGGUUAAAUCUUAAAACUGUCUGUUUAGAAGACAGCUACAGUGAGAGCAUUUAAAGGUUACACGAUUGUUGUCUGACUUGAGCACAGAGCUCACUCUGGCCCAGACCACUGCUGGGCUGGAGGUAGCCCUGAACAGUGGUUUAAGGUAUGGAUUCUGAAGAUGCACGGCUCAGCAGAGAAUGGCACAUGACACAUACAGAAGCUACGGAAGUGUUUGUUAAGCAUAAAGGAAAGAGACUGAGGGAUGACAAAGUGCUUGCUGUACACGUAUGAAGACCCGAGUCUGGAUCGCCAGUGCUCUAUAAAACAAAACAUCCCCACUGGUGAUGUACAUUGGUCAGGUAGCCAAGGACAUCCUGAAGUGGCCCCGGCCCUCGUCCCCUCCCGUUGUGAAACUUGAAAAGAGAGUGGUUGCAGAAUACGGAAUGCCAUCCACCCACGCCAUGGCAGCCACUGCCAUUUCCUUCACCCUCCUCAUCUCUACCAUGGACAGGUACCAGUACCCUUUUGCUUUGGGCCUGACAAUGGCUGUGGUGUUCUCUACAUUGGUGUGUCUCAGCAGACUCUACACUGGAAUGCACACCGUCCUGGAUGUGCUGGGUGGUGUGCUGAUCACUGCCGUCCUCAUUGCCCUCACCUACCCCGCCUGGACCCUCAUCGACUCCCUGGACUCGGCCAGCCCCCUCUUCCCUGUGUGUGCUAUAGUUGUGCCGUUCUUCCUGUGCUACAACUACCCCGUGUCAGACUACUACAGCCCAACCAGGGCGGACACCACCACCGUCGUGGCGGCUGGGGCUGGAGUCACCCUCGGGUUCUGGAUCAACCACUUCUUCCAGCUGGUGUCCCAGCCCACCCCAUCCUUUCCUGUCAUUCGGAGCAUCCCAGCCCUCACCACAGACAUGCUGGUUUUGGGUCUGACCAAGUUUAUGGUGGGAAUUGUGUUGAUCGUUUUGGUUCGUCAACUUGUACAAAACCUCUCGCUGCAAGUGUUAUUCUCAUGGUUCAAGGUGGUGACGAGAAACAAGGAGGCCAGGCGAAGACUCGAGAUCGAAGUCCCUUACAAGUUUGUCACCUACACAUCUGUUGGCCUCUGUGCCACGACUUUUGUGCCAAUGUUGCACAGGUUUUUGGGAUUGCUCUGAGCCCCAAACAGAUGGAAACUAGUCCAUGAAUGUGAGAGGCAAAAUAAGAGAAAGCAGUCAGUUAGGGCAAUCUCAACCCUGCCUGUUUAAGGACAUCUGAAGUCAUAUUUUUGUUUUGCUGACUGUAGCAUAGAUGCCACUGCUGUGGCACCAGCAGUGAGAUUGGUCUGUAAGGACUGUGCUUCCAUUGACCCCAGCCUGAAACCAUACCUGAUGUCUGUCAGGCCACCCCUCCCCUUUCUGUUACAUGGACUUAGGAGUCAGUCGUGGGUGGACAGGAAGUGUGGCCUGACUUGGAAUGUCUACAAGCCCUACUGGCCUCUAGAGAGCCAACAGAUUUGAGCUAAUAUGGAGGCAGAACACUUCUUUUCAGGUACAACCUUGCCUAAUGCCUAAUCUCAUUCCCCAAACUGGAAUUCUGUGGCACCAUAGAAAUUGCACUCUUUGGACAGAGUGACAUCUUGGGCUGAAGUUGGACUGAACUGUGCCUGAGUGGGAGGCGAGGCCAUCUGGAGUAAAGUUUCCUGUGAAGAGACUACAGGCAGUAGCAGAGCUAAGAGGCCACCGGGAAGAGCUUGCUUGCCUUAUCAGCCCAGCUGCUGCAGGCAUUGUUAGUGAAGCAAGAAGCUGACCUUCCCCGAACAUAGUGUGCAGCCUCCCAGGUCUCAGUGUCCGCACUAGUCCGAGCCACGCUUGGCAGGCUGCUACCUCCUCACAGGUGGAAACAAGGACAAGCUGGGACUCCUGCUCUCUCCUACUUGGUCUUCAGCACUUCCAGUUCGUCCUCUGGAAGCCUGACCAAAAGAUGCUAGGCACCCCAGACAUUGCUCAUCCUCCUGAUGUUACCUCAUCUACUCAGCUACUUUCUAUAGGUUGUUUUUUAAUUAUUCACCUGCUGGGCAGAGUCAGGGACUCCCUCUCAGUCUCCCACCUCUUCUCCUGGCGAUUUUAACUGUCAUUAAUGCAAGAACAACUUCAGCCUAUUUUGGGAAAAUAAGCCAGUUAACUCUAACACCCAUUAAACCUAGUGUGUCCCUUCUUAGAUCUAGGGUGUUUUUUAUGAUGACAACAGUGAAGAGCUUCUUCCCUGGACUCCUCUUCAGAAUAAUGAUCAGGAUGGUACCAACCCAUCUUGAAAAGUUGAUGAGAAUGCAUAGUUAUCGAUCUUUUGAGGGAUGGUGCCACUGAAACCAUUGUUUCUAUCCACACACACAGGACAAAAUUAAGCCCCCCCUUAAAAGUUAUGGAGGCUCAGACUUUUGCAUUCAGUGUGAAAACCAAGACCAAUAUUUUCUCUGAUUUUAAGUAUAUGCCCCAUGGCCUAUGUUAGAAUGAUGUUCUUUGGUACUAAACACAGUAUUCUAAUUUCUCAAAAAUAAUUCUUGGGCUGGGCAUGGUGACACACACCUUUAAUUCCAACACUCGGGGAGGCAGAGGCAGGCAGAUCUCUGAGUUUGAGGUCAGCCUGGUCCACCACAGAUGGAGUUCCAGGACAGCCAGGGCUACACAGAGAAACCUUGUCUUGAAAACACAAACAAAAAGAACAAUUCUUAACAAAAUGCCCAUUUUUAACUUAACAAUUCUUCUCUCAUUUACCAUAGCUAAGAACGGGGAUUAAAAUGACCCACCUUUUGGGUGGUUUUGCUCUAAGGGUAUUUCAUCUCCCUGGCUGGGGUGUUGCAAGCCCUGGCCUACAUGUUCUCUUGCCUGUCCUCCAGGCAUAGCUGUUGAUGAGGUACAUCCCCCCCCCAUCAAACUAGAGCUUGUAAUACAGGCUGAUAUUUACAUGGGAUGAUUUUAGUUGGUUUGUCUGAAGCCUAGGGACAAAAGGCUCAGCUUCCUCGGGUGUAUCUUUGUGAAAGAAGGGCUGUAUCUAUUGUCACAGCAGAGGGAGUGAGUGGUUAAGUUUAAAUCCCAACAAUGGGGAAACUGACAACUGUAAGGAUGGCUGAACUUAAAGUUCUGCUUACAUAAUUUAGAUGGAGGAUGAAUAUAUUAGCCACACAACAUUAAACAGUGGCCCAAGAAUUUGUCAUGACUGGUCACUCUCUGAUAUGCUUGAUAACCACAAAAAGAGGAAUUAUUUAUUGGAGAUGCCAAGUUUAGUUUUGGAUUCCCACAGUAUUGGUUUUAAAAGCUAUUGCUUGAUCACGGUUUGCCUCUGUUGAUGCCUCUCAAUUCGUUUCAUUCAUACUCCUCAGAGAGCACCUCACCCUGAGUAAAUGUUCUUUCAAGACACUUGGAUUUUCUCUCUAGGGAAAGACUGCCCCCUGCUGGUUAAGACCCAAUCUUAGUCCAAAGGCCCUCUUGAUCUGGGCAACUGUCACCCUCACUAGAUUGUCCACUGUAAGCCUUGCCAACCUUGACACCAAAGCUUUUAGGUAUAUUGACCACUCUGGGAAUUGGGAAGAAUAACACACCUUCUUCCCAUCUUGCUUCUACUUCAGGCCAAGGCAUCCAUCUAGAACCUGCCUUCUAAGUAGCUGUCAUUUUUAUGUCCUAUUUGCUCAGACCUGUACCCUAGCUGAAUAUACUGGAAAGAAACAUUGGCAAGACCCUUAAACUAAUACCCUUUGAUGAAGUCACUAAACCGUGCCUGAUAAAGGGAUUUUCUUGCCCAAAUACACACCUCAUCUUCCCAGGUAAUCACAGCAUGUGGUAUUUCAGACCAUAUGUUUCAGGUUUCUGUUUUGGAAGCCUUCGGCUGUCUUGCUUAUGCACUGUAUGUAAAUUUAUUCUGUUUAAAAUAAAAUCUUUUUUGUUUGA